AUAAUAUAUGAGCAAGGAUAACAAAGGUGAAAUUGAUGUUGAUAGUAUCAUUGAAAGACUUUUGAGUGUUAGAGGAAGUAAACCAGGAAAAAAUGUAAACUUAACAGAGGCAGAAGUGAGAGGAUUAUGUAUAAAAGCUAGAGACAUUUUUAUUUCUCAACCAAUUUUAUUGGAACUUGAAGCUCCAUUAAAAAUAUGUGGUUAGUUUAUAAUAAUAUUAGUUUGUAGGUGAUGUGCAUGGUUAAUAUUUUGAUUUGCUUAGAUUAUUUGAGUAUGGAGGUUAUCCUCCAGAAAGUAAUUAUCUUUUCCUUGGUGAUUAUGUUGAUAGAGGUAAUUAAAGUUAAUUUAUUUUGAUAGGAAAACAAUCAUUAGAAACAAUUUGUCUUUUAUUAGCAUAUAAAAUAAAAUAUCCUGAAAAUUUCUUUUUAUUGAGAGGCAAUCAUGAAUGUGCAUCUAUAAACAGAAUUUAUGGAUUUUAUGAUGAAUGUAAAUUAGAUUAAUAGUAAUGAUAGGCAAACGAAGAUAUACUAUAAAAUUAUGGAAAACAUUCACUGACUGUUUUAAUUGUUUACCUGUAGCUGCAUUAAUUGAUGAAAAGAUUUUAUGUAUGCAUGGUGGAUUAUCUCCUGAAUUAUCAAAUUUGGAACAAAUUAGACGAAUAAUGAGACCAACAGAUGUUCCAGAUACUGGAUUACUUUGUGAUUUAUUAUGGUCUGAUCCUGAUAAAGAUGUUUAAGGAUGGGCAGAUAAUGAAAGAGGUGUUUCAUAUGUUUUUAGUCAAGAAAUCGUUUAAGUCUUUCUUAAAAAACAUGAAUUAGAUUUAAUAUGUAGAGCACAUCAAGUAAAUAUAUAUAUAUAUCAUAUUUUUAUAGGUGGUUGAAGAUGGAUAUGAGUUUUUUAGUAAAAGAUAAUUAGUAACAUUAUUUUCAGCCCCGAAUUAUUGUGGUGAAUUUGAUAAUGCAGGUAUAUAUCUAAUAUUAUAAUAUUUAUAGGAUCUAUGAUGACUGUUGAUGAAUCCCUCAUGUGUUCUUUUUAAAUUUUGAAACCAGCAGAAUAAGGAUAAGGUGCCUCCCAAUAAAAUAAAGCAGGAAGUGCUAAAUUUGUGAACUGAAUCAUCA